AUGUUUGCUAGCAACGGUAUUGAGUUGAAAGCAGAGUCAAACAUAGCCACAACCGCCUCCGCCCGCGCGGCUCCUCGCCGUCACCGCCCGCGCGCCUCCUCGCCGCCGCAGCGUGCGGCUGCAGUUGCUGCCUCCCCCCGCUACCCACUGGUCGCCUCCUCGUACGUGGGCACGCCGCCGCCGUCCGCGCGCCUCCUCGACGCCACGCGCGCGGGGCUCCGAUUGCUGCCUCCCGCUGACGACGCCACCCGCCAGUCGCCUCCUCGGGCCUCGUCACGCCGCCGCCGCCCUGCACCACCCUGUUGUUACUGCCUGCCGCCACACACUUCCCCGAUCUACUGCUCACCACCGUUGUUCGCAAGAGAGACAUGGGCAGCAAUAGCUAUGGGGAUGGAUUUGUCUCCUGGCGCUUUGAUUGAGCUAGAGCAGGACCCAGCGCUGGCGGAACUCGUGCGGGACUGGGACUUCUCUCCCGGUAAGAAGUUUCAAGCUGAGGUGUUGCGCAAGUUCUCUUCCUCGGUUCAUCACACUUCUUCCUCGCCGGAUGGUUCGUUCUUCUUGCUCGUGGUUUUUCAGAGAUUUCUCUUUCGGCUCACUGAGGAUUCUGUUGCCAUGGCUCUCCACUGCUACCUUGGAGGAACUCCCGCUGGUUUUCAUGUUUCUUUUCAAAAGGAGCGGCAUUUUCGCUUCUCUGUUGCAUCCAAGAACGUGGGGCUGCUUGUUCGUGCUCUUAAAAGCAUCACACGACUGAUCAUUUUGAUAUAUAUUUUCAUUUGUGGCGUGAUGGAGGUGCUGAUUGGAAGCGGGAAUGGAAAAAAUGGGGAAAAGAGGAAGAAGCUAGCUGGACCACAAAGAUCAGCAAAAAAAAGUAAACACAGGACUUCAGCCUCCCCUUUUGCUUUGGAUUCUGAGAAGCAUGCUGGACUCAGUUCAAACCAAGUUCAAUGCAGGGAUUUUGAAACUGAUAAAGAUGGUCGUGAGGAGCAUUCGGCUACUGAAAAUUUUCCUGUUGAUCCAAUAACUUUAGUUGUGCAAGCCAGUCCUGAUGUUCUUGCUUCUCACAGACUCAAUGGUGCUCAUCGUGCUGUAUCUUCCUCAGUGGUUCCAGUUCAAACGGUUUUCAAAAGGCUCAAGAGAGAUCUUGAUAUUAAUUGCAAUGAUAUUCUGGCUGCCAAUUCUCUUCAGCUGAAGCAAUAUAAUGAAGUCACUCUUCACAUCCCUACUCCGGGGAAGACAAACACAGAGCAACCUGAGCAACCAGAGCAUCCUCAGUCUCCACCUCCUCCCACCUCCGCAAACAGCGCUCAAGCCAUGGCGAACUUUGCCAUUGAUCCAAGGCGUUUCUUCCCAAGCGCGAUGAUCCUUGAAGAUGGUGGACAGCACAGGCGUGCCAGGCGCACCGUCUGUGUCUCUGGAGGGAUUGUCAAGAGACAUGAAGAUUAUGCCAUCGCGAUCACUAAAGCCCAGCUCACUCCGGCGCAACAGCUCCAGCUCAUGCAUCUCACCAGGGACUACAUAGAAAUUGAGGUACGGAAGAAUGUCCUCUACUUCGCGCCGCAUCCGCAUGGUGUGGGAAUCUAUCAGCUACGCGAUCCUUGCCAGCGUGAUACACUUGUUACAAGUCCGCAUUGGAUAGGUGGUCAUGAAGUUUGCUUCGUUAAGCAUGAUGAGACCCCAAUGAAUGUGCGCAACUCUCCAUACACAAGAAAGAGUUGGUUAUUGUUGCUGGGCUAUCCACUAGAUUUUAAGGAUCCUUUGAUCCUGAAGCAAGUUUGCAGUGUCUUUGGGCAGCUCCUGUUCUGGAAUUCCAGUGACCAUUCUCGAGCGCGUGUUCUGGUCAAAGUGAUGAUUGAUAACCCUCUGGAGGUCCCUCGUAGUCUAGUGAUCAAGCAUGGUAAAGAGCUUAAUGGCGCGGGUCAGUCUUGGACUGUUCGUGUGUACAUCUUUAAUUCAGAGUUCACAAAUGCUCAGCCCACUGAUGAGGAAGAACCACCUGCUCACAAUGGCAACCCUCAUCCUUUCGAGGAGCCAGUAUUUCCUAGGGAAAUCAACAACAUAGUUGAGAUGGCAGAUCAGGUUAUGGACCAGUUGAUUGAAGCACAUCAAAAUCAAGGGCCCAUAGAGGAAGAUCAGAAUUCUGCUAUCAUUAGUGAGGCUACCUCAUCCUUCUCUGCCCCCAUUUUGCAGCCUGCGCAGGGGGCAAACAAAGAAGUCACCAUUGAAGCCUAG